GGUGCGGCUCCUCCAGGCUCUGCUCCUCCCCGCCGGCGCCGCACUUUCCCGCUCCCGCCGCCGCCGCUGCUGCUGCUGUGCCCGCCGUGCGCCCCGCAGCGUCCCAGUCCCGCGCCUCGCCUCGCCAUGCCCAACAUCGUGCUGUUCAGCGGCAGCUCGCACCAGGACCUGUCCCAGCGCGUAGCCGAUCGGCUGGGCCUGGAACUGGGCAAGGUGGUCACCAAGAAGUUCAGCAACCAGGAGACCAGCGUGGAGAUCGGGGAAAGCGUGAGAGGAGAGGAUGUGUACAUCAUCCAGAGCGGCUGUGGCGAGAUCAAUGACAACCUCAUGGAGCUGCUCAUCAUGAUCAAUGCCUGCAAGAUCGCCUCCUCUUCCAGGGUGACCGCCGUCAUCCCUUGCUUCCCGUAUGCCAGACAGGACAAAAAGGACAAGAGCCGAGCACCGAUUUCUGCCAAGCUUGUGGCCAACAUGCUGUCAGUGGCGGGCGCCGACCAUAUCAUCACCAUGGAUCUACAUGCCUCCCAGAUCCAGGGCUUCUUCGACAUCCCCGUGGACAAUCUGUACGCUGAACCGGCUGUGCUGCAGUGGAUCCGGGAGAACAUUUCUGAGUGGCGGAACUGCAUCAUUGUUUCCCCCGACGCGGGGGGAGCCAAAAGAGUAACAUCGAUUGCAGACCGGCUGAACGUGGAGUUUGCCUUGAUCCACAAGGAGCGGAAAAAGGCCAAUGAGGUGGACCGCAUGGUCCUGGUGGGCGAUGUCAAGGACCGCGUAGCCAUCCUGGUGGAUGACAUGGCCGAUACUUGUGGCACCAUCUGUCAUGCGGCUGACAAGCUGCUCUCAGCAGGGGCCACCAGAGUGUAUGCCAUCCUCACCCAUGGCAUCUUCUCGGGCCCAGCCAUUUCCCGGAUCAACAGUGCUGCCUUUGAGGCCGUGGUGGUGACAAACACAAUUCCACAAGAGGACAAGAUGAAGCACUGCGCCAAGAUUCAGGUCAUUGACAUCUCCAUGAUCUUGGCUGAAGCCAUCCGAAGAACCCACAAUGGGGAGUCAGUGUCUUACCUGUUUAGCCACGUCCCACUGUAGACCUGGCCUGAUUUCUGUGAGCUGCUCUGAUUCUGUAGCUUGGGGAUCCCGCAACUGUAGGCUAACUGCAAUCUUGUAGUGAUCCAUUGGUUCCCCUUUCUGAACCUCAACACCAUUGUUUCCCAGCUUAGGGGGGAGGGGGGUCAGUGGUUUGGUGGUUUGCUCUUUAAUGGAUGUCAUAAAGGAGAAAAGGUUUUGUUAUCUUGUUGCGUUGGGUGAACUUUUCCUGUGUUCUGUCAGUGCUUUGAGGCCAUAUCUUUAUAUGAUACAUAGAUUCUGUAGAACUUGGGGAUGCCAAAGGAGAUUUUCUAUGAGAGCUUUUUGUGUAAAUGGAGUGAUAAUGCCUAUGGACAUUUGGAUAAAAUCCUAUCAAGAGUCAGCCCUUCACUUUGAAAUGAAGGUUAGCAAAUAUAUCGUGUAAUGGAAGUAUUAUUUUAGGAACUGGUUUUCCAAUAAACCCUUUUGGUUCUUGUCCUUCACUUAGACCAAAUUUCAAAUUGCCUCAGAUGGCCAUGGACACAUUAAUGUUUUAGUAAACAAAAACAAUGCAGUUUAGUAUUUUUGAAUGACCACUUUGGGGAAAAAUACAUGUUUUGGCUAUUUUCUUGAGAUAUCAUGCGGAAAAGCUUCAAAAUUAUAUUCCGCAAAAGAUUUCCUUCUUGGAAGCAUUUUGUCAUAGUCUGUCUGUCAGUCAUGGUCUCUUCACUCAUCAAGGACCCAGCUUUUACUGGUCAUGCCCUCCAGUGACUUCAUAUUAUAUAGUUUUGCACCAAAAUAAA